AUUCUCGCAGCUCUUGCGCCGAUCGGUCUCGUCGCCGCUGGUCCUCUUCAUGGUCACUCACGCCAUACUCAUCUUCAUCAUCUCCACCAUCGCUCUGUUGCCAACGGCACUCUUUCCAACUACACUACCACAGAUACUGCCAACUCUACGAUCUACGCCGAUCACAUUUCAUACGAGACUUCCACAGUCAAUGUUGCUGCUAACUUUGCAGAUGGUACUGAUGCCAGCUCUGCUAGCUCAGAAGUAGCCUCAAGCACCAUCUCAGGAUCAAGCAGCAUCCUCUCAACUACUGCGCAGUCAGAAACUGCUUCCUCAACUUUGUCACUCACUUCUGAUGGUUCGUAUGCGAGCGGGUCUCCUUCGAACUCAUCAUUGGCUUCCUUGAAUAUCUCUUCCGCCAUUCCAUCCGACGCAUCUGUUUCCAUCGUGCUCGCUGUUGCAGCCACCACGCCUACUGCUGUUGGCGCACUUUCUCAGAAGGUUGAUACCACCACCAGCGUCUCGGUCGACACUGUCUACAACACGGUCACCGUCAACGGCGCUGUCACCACCGCAUCUGCUAGUGAAAAGACCGUCACCGUCACAGACGUGGUUACCAACUAUGUCACUGCCACCUUCUCAGCAUUGACCCCCUUCAAAGCUCCCGCCAUCAAAGUUGCUGCUCUCUCUUCUGGAUCUUCUUGCGCCGCUAUCAAGACUAGCAUUGUCUACCUUCCCGCCAGCCAGUCGCCAACUCUUGUGGCUGGAGGAUCUUCUGUCAGCAAAGUGGCUUCUUCCUCCAAGGCUACCAGCCAAACCACCGUCAGGUAUGUGUCUCAGUCCGCUUCGAAGUCCAGUUCUUCCUCCCUUAAAAAGUCGAGUACAUCUUCCAAAAAGACGAGCACCUCUACCGUGAAACCCGUGUCCACUAAGAAAACAAGCACUGUUGUCAAGGGUUCAAGCACAUCAAGCAAGAAAACAAGCACAUCUUCCCAGCAGAUUAUUGCUUCAUCUGCUAAAAAGAUCCUUAGCACUUCCUCGAGCAAGAAGGUUUCCAGCACUCCAUCCAGCAAGAAGGUCUCCAGCACCUCUUCCACAAAGAAAGCUACCACAUCUUCUGGCAAGCCAAGCACUUCUUCCAAGCCUACCACUUUGAUCUCAAUGUCUUCCAUGGCUCAGAAGGGUGUCACUACCAAGAGUGUCGUCACCACAUCCAGCAUCCCGGUUUUGGCUUCUGGCACCAGCUACAAGGCUUCCUCGUCUGCCAAGUCUUCGAGCAAGAGCGCUUCCAGUUCUGCAAAGGCUAGCUCGUCUUCCUGCGCCACUGUCGCACCUCCUGCCUCCACCCAGACCGGUAUCGUGUCUGGUUGCACCAAGUGGUACACUGCCAAGUCUGGUGACUACUGCUAUGCUAUUGCUUCUGCCAAUGGCAUUUCUACCGAUACUUUCAUGUCUUGGAACCCUGCUGUCAAUGCACCUUCUUCAUUUGGNGUCGGAUACGCAUACUGUGUCGCCGCAGGCUGUGGCAGCUCCAGCACCCCCUCCUCAGCUGCCAAAUCCUCCAUCGCAACCACCAAGACUUCUGCCCAGGGCUCUUCCCCCACCACCGCAGCUUCCACCUCUGCAGCCUCAUCCACCGCCAUCGCCUCCACCGCCUACAAAAUGUACACCGGCGAUGGCACUGUCGCCGCCGGCUGGCCCUCGGUCUCGCAAUGGAUAUCCUUUGACGCAAUGUUCACCGCCAACAUCCCCAUCAUGCAACAAUCCUGCGCAAACAAUGGCUGGGGCGCCAACAACUCGCCCACCGAAAUCGCCGACAUCAAAGCUUCCAUCCAAAAAGUUUCUGCUUCGUCAGGAGUGGAUCCGAGAUUUAUUCUCGCCAUUGUGAUGCAAGAAUCCAAUGGUUGCGUGCGCGUCGUCACCACCUCUUGGAGUGUGGCUAAUCCUGGCUUGAUGCAAGAUCACGCAGGCUCUGGCACUUGUAACUCUGGCGGCGUGAUCCAAAACCCCUGUCCCGCGUCUGAAAUCGAGCAAAUGAUUGUCGACGGCACUACUGGCACGGCUUCUGGCGAUGGACUUGUGCAAUGUCUGUCUCAAGCUGCUGUCACGGAUGACAGCAAGUAUUACCGUGCUGCGCGCAUUUACAAUGGUGGCUUCAACGGCUAUCACGCUGACAACCUCAACACUGGAUGCUGUACGCUUUGUUAUGCUUCCGAUGUUGCCAACAGACUUACGGGAUGGAGUUCUGGACCCAGUGGAUGUCAUUUGACGUCGUAA